CAUUCCCUUGAAAUUCUAUUGACUUUCCGCAUUCACCUACUUCUGAAAAGGCGCCAAUCUCUCAAUUUAUCCUUCGAUAUACCUCGUUAAAAAGUUUCAAGAGCGCCUAUUUCAUUAAUUUGCCCAAUUGCUAAAUUAAGAAUGCGUUUGUUACAAUCGUCGACCCUCGCCUUCGGGUUGGCAACGACUGCGAAACUCGUUGAAGCGCAGGCACAAUUUCUUGUCAACGAACUUAGCUUUGGCUACACUGGCCGAAUAAACGAUCGAGGUCAAGCAACCGUGCCAGGCUUCUCUAUACAGGGCACCCCAGACGUCCCCGAAGUCCUUUCCAAUAAAAUUAUCCUUACGCCACCACAUCCCGGAAACACUCGAGGCGCGAUAUGGGCUGACCAACAAAAUAAAUACCAAACGUGGGUAGCUGAUGUCGACUUCCGAGUGAACGGACCUGAGAGGGGGAGCGGUAACCUCAACAUCUGGCUUGCAAGACGAGGAAAUCAAGAAAUUGGUUCGUCCAGCGUUUAUACCGUCAACAGGUUUGAUGGUUUAGCCCUCGUUAUCGACCAGCACGGCGGUUCGGGUGGAAUGAUCAGGGGCUUUUUGAAUGACGGAUCUACCGAUUUCAAGGCGCACCAGAGCGUAGACAGCUUAGCCUUCGGACAUUGCAAUUAUCCCUACCGCAACCUGGGCCGACCCUCUCAGAUCAAGCUAAGACAGACACAUCAGGUAUUUAAGGUUGAGGUUGAUGGUCAUCUAUGCUUCGAAAGUGACAAGAUCACUAUUCCGCCCGGAUAUUUCUUUGGUAUCACAGCGGCUGCUGGAGACAACCCAGAUUCUUUUGAGAUAUUCAAGAUGGUGACUAUGACCGAGAAUCUCGACGCCAAGCACGAUGCGCCUUCACAACAGCAAGGACAACCAAUUCAAAAUCAAGCGCAAGCGCAAACGAGCUACGGUCGCAAGGCUAACCAGAACAACGGCAACAACAACGGCAAUAGCAAUGGCAAUUCAGAUGAUCCUUUUGAUGAUUAUAUUCCUGAUGCAAAUGCCGAUGCGAUCACGAGUUCUAAAGCUCAGUUCGCAGACCUACAUAACCGUAUACAAAGCACAAACCAUCACCUCUCGAGUAUCUUCCGCCAGGUCGCGGGAUUAAACAAUAUCGGCGAGAAGAGACACGAGGAGACUUCGAAGGCGAUCCAUGACGUGAAGCAGUUGCUAUACAAACUAGACAGGCUGGAUUCGCUUCAGAACGAGAUCAGCAAGCUGCAGCGAGAUCUACGCGAUAUGCGAAGUGACAUCAACCUUAAGGUGAAAGACUCGGAACAUGCAGUGAAGAGCUUCAUAGGCACUAACCACGGCAAUAUGCUGGAACACGUGGCAGUCCAAGCUGCCCCACGACACGGAAAGCUCAUAUUCGUCAUCAUCGGAAGCCAGAUUUUAAUAGUGGCCGCCUACAUCUACUACGAGAGGAAGAAGACCCUUCCCAAGAAGUACCUCUAGUUACUUCGAUUACUAGGUACUUGAGGGCAAUCUUUUUUAGACAGAGUUCGGUACAAGGGGAGGUGCGGCGUAGGGCAUUGUAUAAAAAAGUAUUUGGAUCCAUGGAUAUGGGAUUAAAUGUG